CGUUCGCCGGUAGACUCGUGUCCUGUUGUGUUGAGUUCGAUCGGCUGCUUCUCUGCUCUGUUUAUGAUUAAUGAUCGUUAUUAUUUAAUGACUCUAUCAUCAAAAGGUCAACUUUAUUAGUCGCAUAGAAGAGCUCGAGACUCUUUUAGCGCGAGGUGAGCUUGUAGAUCCUCAGCACCGCGCAUGCUCGAGUUCUGGAGUGUUUAUCUGAAUAUUCCAGCUGUGAUGAUGGCAGAUGAGCUCUUAUAUCUGUGUGAUGUGGAGAGUCUGAGUGCAGAAAUACAGAGAAGAGAAGAACAGCAGGAGUUUACGGAGAGCAGGAGGAUUUACAGCCGAGCGAGGAGGAGGGUGUUCGCUCAGUUCGUGGCAUCGAAGCAGGCUCCUGCGUCCAGCGGCUCGGGGUGUGUGUGGCUCUGCUGCGGACACACACACACUGAUCCCGCUUCCAUACACAGACACGCGUCCAGCAGCCACAGCGCAGAGAUUCACCAGCUGACCAGCGACUCACUGAAGCUUCAGAAGACUCACAGUGACUCACUGAAUCAUCAGACUGACAGCGAUUCACUGAAUCAUCAGACUGACAGCGACUCACUGAAUCCUCAGACUCAUGGUGACUCACUGAAUCAUCAGACUCGGAGCAAUUCACUGAAUCAUCAGACUGACAGCGAUGACUCACUGAAUCAUCAGACUCACAGCGACUCAGUGACUCAUCAAAACACUCAUGGCGACUCAGUGAAUCCUGCGAGUGUGUGUGCUGCAGCAGGAGUGUGUGUUGCUGGAUCUGCAGACGUGUCCUCCUGGAUGCCUGACAUGAGCCGCGUCUCAGAACAUGAGCUGACCAGCGGUGAGGGUGUGGUGCUGCUCUUCUACUGCUACUGUCUCCUUCCGGACCCGCAGCUCAUCUCCCGCUGGCAGCAGCAGCUCUGCACAGCACUGCACCUCACAGGCAAGGUUCGAGUGGCGACUGAAGGAAUAAACGGUACAGUGGGCGGAACCGCAGCCGGCGCUGAGCUCUACAUGCAGACGCUGCUCCGCCAUCCAGCGUUCAGCAGCAUGCAGACGGAGGACUUCAAGAGAAGUGCCGGCGGUGCGCAGUGUUUCUCCAGCCUGAAGGUUGGUGUACACAGAGAGAUCGUGCCGAUGGGUGUAGAUCCAGAGCUUGUCUCCUACAGAUCCGCCGGGAUCCACCUGGAGCCGCAGGAGUUCCACCGGGAGGUGCAGGCGCUGGUGGAGAGCCCGGCGCUGCAGGCCAACACCAUACUGCUGGACUGCAGGAACUUCUACGAGAGCAAAAUCGGUCAGUUCAGCUGCUGUGUGGCUCCGGACAUCCGCAAGUUCAGCUACUUCCCUGAUUACGUGGACCAGAAUCUGGAUCUGUUUCGGGAUAAGAGGGUUCUGAUGUACUGCACCGGCGGCAUCCGCUGCGAACGCGGCUCUGCGUACCUGCGCUCCAAGCGUGUCUGUAAGGAGGUGUACCAGCUGAAGGGAGGCAUUCAUAAAUACCUGGAGCAGUUCCCUGAUGGGUUCUACCGCGGUAAACUCUUCGUGUUUGACGAGCGCUACGCCAUCGCCUUCAACCAGGACGUCAUCUCAGUGUGUCGGUACUGCUCUCAGCCGUGGGAUCAGUACGUGCGCUGCUCUACAGGUGUGUGUGGUCAGCUGCUGCUGUCGUGUGUGUCCUGCAGAGUGUGGUCUGACCGCCUGCUGUGAAGAGUGUGAGGAGUCCAACCGAGAGCAGUGCCAGUGCACCCGGAGCCGGCCACGCAUACCCACACACACUGCUGAAAACAGUCAAU